GACUUGGGCGCAGAUUUUUACGCCUAGGGGACGUCGACAGCGUCUAAUUGACAGUAAGGAUCGAUUUAUAUAGCUGGAUCCGCACCAAUUCCCAUGACAAAGUCUGCUUCGAUAUUGCCCAUCCACCCGAGAUAUCAAAGAGGCCCCCCAUUAUGCAACUUCUCGCCACUGCCCUCUUUAUAGGGCUCGCAUCGUGCCAAUUGCCCACUGCAAAACUUGGGCAAGGGACAUUCAGAGGGACCACUACGGCAGUAUCGGUUGGUCCGACCAGCUCAGUGACGGUAGAGAAAUAUUUAGGGAUCCCCUUUGCCGCAUCGCCAGUUAGAUUUGCACCACCAGAACCCGCACCUACAGCCACAGACGAACAAGAUGCAACCCAGCUACAAGGUGUAUGCUUCCAGCAAUUCUCGUAUCCGGAGGCCAUCCACAACUUCACACAACAGGUCUUCAACAGACCUCCACCAAACGAAACUGAAGACUGCUUGACAGUAAAUAUCUUCACCUCAUCUGGCAAUACCACUGGAAAGUCCGUGAUGGUGUGGCUCUUCGGCGGAUCGUUGAACUUCGGAGGCAAUGCGGUUAAAACAUACGAUGGGAGCUCAUUCGCUGCCAACCAGGAUGUGGUUGUGGUGGUUCCAAACUAUCGCACAAACGUUUUCGGAUUCCCCGGAAUGGUAGAAGGCCUCGACCCCGACGAACGGAACCUGGGCUUCCUGGACCAGAGAGCCGCCCUCCAGUGGGUGCAAGACAACAUCGAGCAGUUCGGUGGCGAUCCUACGAAAGUCACAAUUUUCGGGGAAUCAGCCGGAUCCUUAUCUGCAGGCCUUCUGGUUCUGACAACGCCGCAAAACCCUCCAUUCCGAGCUGCUAUCCUUCAGAGUGGUACCGCCGGACUCCUGCCUAGACAGGUCAGCGCGCCCGGGGGCGUGACCGCAUUCUCGAAGCUUGGUCAAGCUCUCAAUUGCACCGGUGGUGAUACCCUCGCCUGCAUCAGGGCUGCCCCUGGCCUUAAAAUAAAAGACCUCAUUGAAAAGCAAUCUAUUGCUUUCGGGCCGGUAGUGGAUAAUGUCACCAAUCCGGAAAACCCAAUCGCUCUGAGGCAAGAACGCCGCAUUGCCGACGUCCCAAUUCUGCUUGGUUCAACAGCCGAAGAAGCGCGAGUCUUCGUGACGAUUUAUGCGGGAGGUCGCAAUGUUGCCAAUCUCACCAACUAUCUCGCCACCACCUUCAAAGAUCCUGCUGUUCGAGAGCGCGUUAGUGCCGCGUACCCAGUAGGACCUGGUGGGCCGUUUCCGACUGAGUACGAUGCUCAAGCUGCCAUCUGGACAGACCUGCAGUGGACCUGUCCUGCCCUCAAGGAAGCAAACUUGAGUGCGAGCUCGGGAUACCCGACCUGGCGCUUCUAUUUCAACGCGUCGUUCCCAAAUACGCAAACAUUCCCCAACGGAGGAGUGUAUCAUUCCAGCGAAAUUCCGUUGGUCUUCGGAAAUCUACCCGGAGCACCACAGCCGCCACCGACGGAUGAGGAACGGGCCCUUUCCGACGCGAUGCAGACCAUCUGGGCCAACUUUGCGAAGAACCCGACGGCUGGACCAGGUUGGGAUGCGGUUCAGCCAGGGAAUGUGCACAAUCUCGGUGUUCUAGGCGGACCACAGAACUCCACCGGGUUCGCCACGGUCUCAAGCAAUGUCACGGAUUCCCGUUGCGAUAUACUUGUCCAGGGAGCAGCGCAAGGUGGACCUAGUACACCUACUGGACCGAGUCCGUCCGCAUCAUCGGCAGCAGCCAUGUCUCUAAAGAUACCUGGCGAGGACCGCGGCAGUAUGGUUGCCGUCUCAGUUGCCGUAUUUGCUGCGGUUAUUGGAUUCGCUACCCAGCUAUUGUAAUUGCGACAUGAUCCUAGGACUUGCUGCACUUUUGCUUCCUGGGUGAUUUGGCGGAAGCAUGAGGCUUUGAACCUGGAGGAGAGCCAACAAUUUUCUCAACUAAACGCCCAAACAAAAAUCCGGCCAAGUUAUAUCAUAGGAAUCUCAAGAAUGAAUAUUACGAGUAAUGAGAUCUCGACUUCUAAUGUCAAGACUAGACUUCAGGAGCACGCGAACAACGCCCAUAAUGACAGCCUCUGGGGAUUAAAUAUCAACACGAGAAGUAACAAUGACAUAACUUGCAAAGGGUUAUAUGCCCAAUUGGAGAUGCGAUCCGUAUGGGAGGUGCCUCUGCCUUGUACGAACAGAUAAUCUCCGAGGACCAGCGUCAUGUCUUAUACCUUAUGUUAGUAUGAUAAGACGUAG